AUGACGCCGCCAGACCUCCUCGUUAUCCCCCCAGUCAACGUCCCUCCUUGCCUUACCUUUCUGCCAGCGCUGCCAGCAACGUUUGAUACUCUUCUUCGCCAUCUGCGCCAGCGUAUUCCCAUCACAGGACCGCCUCCAAUACCCUUCGACCUCUCCUUUCCUCCUGCCCUUCAGGAGACUUUGCUUGACUGCAUGGAAGUAGCUCAUGGCUGCCGCAAGUUCGUAAGCGGAUAUUACGCUCUGCAAGAGCGACGUAUGGGGGCAUUGGCGGCGGUGAUGCCUGACAGUCAAAUGGUGAUUGAUUGGUUGGAGUUGGAGUACCAUAUUCGGUUAGAAGUGGCCCAUGUCUCGACAGUUCUGGUAAAAGGUAUCACGACGACGCAUAGCAUAGAUGCCAUGAUCGGAUGGCAGCUGUACACGGAGUCGAUGCCGUCCCUCUUCUGCUUAGGGUGGACCACAUACCCGAAAACAGACAGAGUGGUGGUCACUUUGGAGCCCGCGCCUAGCCAAGAUGUACGAGUCGCCGAAAGAGACGUCAUAGAGGAGUGGCUGGUCUCGUCGCCCCAGAGUGCUUGCGACUGGCAGCUGACGGUCGCUCGAGGCUAG